ACGCGCCUGCCCGCCAGCCUCAGGAGUCCCGACUAUGGAAACCACAGCAUUCAGCUAUCCUGUUAUGGCCUCAAUAAUGUGAUGUCUCUGCAGGAGGAACCUGGCAUGCCUCAUGAAUCAGCAGAGGAUUUGUUUCAUUUCAACGUUGGGGGCUGGCAUUUCUCAGUUCCCAGAAGUAAACUUGCUCAGUUCCCAGACUCCUUGCUGUGGAAAGAGGCUUCAGCCUUGACUUCUUUGGAAAGCCAGAGGCUAUUCAUCGACAGAGAUGGUUCCACAUUUAGGCACGUGCACUAUUACCUCUACACCUCCAAGCUCUCCUUCUCCAGUUGUGCUGAACUGAACUUACUCUAUGAGCAAGCACUGGGUUUGCAACUGAUGCCUUUGCUGCAGACUCUAGAUAAUCUGAAGGAAGGGAAACACCACCUACGUGUACGGCCUGCAGACAUACCUGUUGCUGAGAGAGCAUCUUUGAACUACUGGCGAACGUGGAAGUGUAUCAGCAAACCCUCAGAAUUUCCUAUAAAAAGCCCAGCCUUCACAGGCCUCCAUGAUAAGGCACCUUUGGGACUCAUGGAUACACCAUUGUUAGACACAGAAGAGGAAGUGCACUACUGCUUUCUGCCCCUAGACCUAGUGGCCAAGUAUCCAAGCCUGGUGACUGAAGACAAUCUGCUGUGGCUGGCUGAAACUGUGGCUCUAAUCGAGUGCGAGGGCAGUGAAUUCCGCUUCAUUGUGAAUUUUCUACGCUCACAGAAGAUUUUACUACCAGAUAAUUUCUCCAACAUAGAUGUGUUAGAAGCAGAAGUAGAAAUUCUGGAAAUCCCUGAGCUCACUGAAGCUGUAAGGUUGUACCGGAUGAACAUGGGUGGCUGUUCCCGGACCUCCUGUUCUCCCCUGAGCCCUGGGAAAGGGGGCUGUGCAGCAGGCCUGGAGUCUAUGAAGCCGUUGUACAUCAUGGCCCUGGGUCUGCUUGUCAAGUACCCAGACUCCGCACUGGGACAGCUCCGCAUCGAAAGCACGCUGGAUGGAAGUAGACUGUACAUCACAGGGAAUGGGGUUCUCUUUCAGCACGUCAAGAACUGGCUAGGGACUUGUCGACUGCCCCUGACUGAGACUAUUUCCGAGGUGUACGAGCUCUGUGCCUUCCUGGACAAAAGGGAUAUCACCUAUGAGCCAAUGAAAGUAGCCCUGAAGACUCAUCUGGAGCCGAAGAGUCUGGCACCCGUGGAUGUGCUCAAUGAGGAGUGGACAGCAGAAAUCACUGUAUAUUCCCCCCAACAGAUCGUCAAAGUUUAUGUUGGAAGCCACUGGUAUGCAACCACCCUGCAGACCUUGCUGAAGUAUCCAGAACUUCUGUCCAACCCUCAGAGAGUAUACUGGAUCACAUACGGACAGACCCUGCUGAUCCACGGGGAUGGCCAAAUGUUCCGACACAUUCUUAACUUCCUGAGACUUGGAAAACUGUUUUUACCAUCUGAAUUUAAGGAAUGGCCCCUCUUCUGCCAGGAGGUUGAGGAAUACCGCAUCCCAUCCCUUUCAGAAGCCCUUGCCCAAUGUGAGGCAUACAAGUCAUGGACCCAGGAGAAAGAAUCUGAAAAUGAAGAAGCUUUUCCCAUCAGGAGACUGCGCGUGGUAACAGAAGGGCCAGGGUCACUGGUGGAGUUCAGUAGAGAUGCCAAAACCACAGCCUGCAUGCCCAUGGACUUCCAAGACUGCAAUGACAGGACUUCAUGGAAUAAGGCCAAGGGGAUCCUGACCAGAUCCAGCCAGAUGGAAGAACCUGAGCAGUACUCCCAAACCAUCCAGGUGUCCCUUUGCCGAGGUGCCAAGAGGGCGGGCAAUCCCAGCACAUACUCCCACUGUCCAGGUCUUUGUGCCAACCCCAAAUACUGGGGGGCCCACCCCGAAAGUCCUCCCAAGAAGAAAUGUAGUACAGUCAACCUCACACAGAAACCUGAAACCAAAGACCCUCCUGUCACUCCCAUGCAAAAACUCAUCUCCCUCGUUAGGGAAUGGGACAUGGUCAACUGCAAACAGUGGGAAUUCCAGCCCAUGCCAGUCCCCCGGAGCAGCUUCAUGGAGGAAGCCACUCUGCAGCUCCCUUCAGGAAGUGAGGCUGCUUCCCAGCCCAGCACCUCAGCUUCCUGGAAAAGCCAUUCCACAGGCUCAGAGAAGGACCCAGCUCUGCAGGCAGGGGCUGGAGCUGGAGCCAAAGACAAGGGGCCAGAGCCAACCUUUAAGCCAUAUUUCCCUGUGAAAAAAGCUGUCACCCUGAAGGAUUGGGGCAAGCAGAAGCCAAGGGAGAAAGAAAGCCCUGGCCCUGAGCAGCCUUUGCCUGAGGCCAAUGAGGUGGACAGCGCAGGGAUCAUCCUCAAAGUGACCCACCCCCCCGUGGUGGGCAGCGAUGGCUCCUGCAUGUUCUUUGAGGACAGCAUCAUCUACACUACACAGAUGGACAACCUCAAGAAUACGCUGCCUACAGCCAGCCCCCAGCCCAGAGAGGUGACUUUCCUGAGUUUCUCUCUAUCCUGGGAAGAGAUGUUUUAUGCACAAAAAUGUCACCGUUUCCUGACUGACAUCAUCCUGGAUUCCAUCAGGCAAAAGGACCCCAAAGCCAUGACAGCCAAGGUGGUCUCUCUGGCCAACCAGCUAUGGACCCUGCACAUCAGCCCCAAGCAGUUUGUGGUGGAUUUGCUGGCCAUCACCGGCUUCAAGGAUGACCGGCACACCCAAGAACGCCUGUACAGCUGGGUGGAGCUCACGCUGCCUUUCGCCAGGAAAUAUGGCCGCUGCGUGGACCUGCUCAUCCAGAGGGGCCUGUCUAGGUCUGUCUCUUACUCUGUCCUGGGCAAGUACUUACAAGAGAGCUAGGGUGACCAGAGAUGCUGCCCUCACAAUACCUCCAUCUGCCAAGGCUCAUUUAAAGAAUGCAUGUGCCCAUAUGAAAGUGUAUCAGUCUAUUUUUAUUAUAAAUAAAGAGUAAUUUAUGAGUCAA